UAAUGAGUAAAAAUAAUAAUUUAACGUAAAAAAUUGAAGAAUAUGAAGGUGCUGAAAAGCUUUUAGAAUAAAAAAUAAUGGAAUAAGACGGAUUGUUGGAACAAAAAGAAAAAAUAAAUAAUUAAAAAAAUGAAUUAAUUAAAUAAAUGAAAGAAUAAUAAUAAAAAAAAGAUUAGGUUUAUUUUGAUUAAUUAAAAGAAACAAGAAGAUAUAAAGAAUAUAUUCUAUAAUUAGAGAAAAUAGCUUAAAAAAUAUCAGACGAAGAUAGAAAAUUAAGAGAAGCGUAUAUAAAUUAAAAAUAAAUAAAAAACAAAUAUAAUAAUAAAAAGUUAGGAGUAAGAAAAAGAAUGUAGAAAAAUUUUAAACGAAAAAGAAGAUGA